UUGACCAAAUCUGUGUUUCUACAUUUCGUUCUGCAGUUCGCAAAAGACAAAGGUUAUUAAAGGAAUAUCUAAUCAAAAUAAAGUUCAAUUAUUACCAAAAUACAUUCUUAGACCAAUAAAACCAAUACAACAUCAAUAUGAUAAGAUUUUUGUGUCAAUACAAUUCCAAUUAUGGCACUGAUUCAUUAUAUUUAUGAGUCUGUAAAGAGUGUCCAGUUACAAUUUAAAUUUCAAAGUAGCAACUUGUAAAACAUGGCAUUAGAAAAAAUGUUAAUAGGUUUGGCGGCAGUUGUUGUCAUUUGUUACAUUUUCAAAAAAUUAAUUGAAAUGGUGUUGGUAAUAUUCUAUGUUCAAAAAAUGCCAGGACCGCCGAAAUUUAAUUUAUUUUUCGGAAAUAUGCGCCCGUUACACGGCACUUCAGCUCAAAUUUUUAAUGUUUUACGCAAGUGGGGUCUUGAGUAUUACCCAAUUUACAAGUUAUGGUUAUUUUUUGUAAGCGUAGCCAACAUAAUGAGUCCAGAAGACUUGGCGCUUAUUUUACCCGACAUGAAACACUCAAAAAAGAGCAAAGCGUAUGACUUGAUCAACAAAUGGUUAGGAAAAGGUUUAUUGACAAGUUAUGGGACCCAUUGGCAAGUGAGACGGAAAAUUCUAACACCAGCUUUCCAUUUCAGUAUUUUGCAAGACUUUAUUUUGACUUUUAAUGAAAGUACGGAAGAGUUGGUUGAAAUUCUUAAAAAGGAAGUUGGAAAACCGUUUGUUGAAAUAACUCCAUUGGUAACUCAAUUUACUUUGAAAGUUAUUGGAGAAACUGCGAUGGGUGUUAAAUUUGACUUCAACACCAAACAGGCAAAAGAAUACAAAGAAGCUUUUCACAAACUCAUUUCCAUUCUGUUGCACCGAAUUUUCCGACCUUAUUUAGCUUACACCAUUUUCUACAUCUUUAGUCCCAAAUUUUAUGAAGAAAGGAAAUUAGUCAGACUUUUGCAUAACUUCACCAAUGAUAUUAUCGCCAAAAGACGAAACGAUUUUCAUCGAGGAACUGUUAAUACCCAAAAGAAAAAACGGUUAGCAAUGUUAGAUCUACUUCUGACAGCUCAGAAAGAAGAAGGGAUCAUCGACGAUGAAGGAAUUCGAGAAGAAGUGGACACUUUUAUGUUUGAAGGUCACGAUACCGUUUCAGCAGCCAUAAAUUUCACUCUGCUGACAUUAGCAAAUCAUCCAAAAGUUCAAGAAGAAAUUGUGCAAGAAAUGAAGGAUGUUUUAGGAGACGUAAAAAAGAAACCGCUUUACAAUGAUUUGCAAGAAUUAAAAUACAUGGAAAGGGUCAUAAAAGAAGUCCUAAGGCUUUAUCCAAGUGUACAUUACAUUUCUCGUGAGUUGGGUAAAGAUUUGGUCACAGCAACUGGUUAUAAAUUGAAGAAAGGGACAAUUUUGCAAUUGCACAUCUACGAUCUUCAUUAUAAUCCAGUCAUUUAUCCGGACCCGGAAAAAUUUGACCCGGAUCGCUUCCUACCGGAAAAUUGUGACAAAAGACAUCCGUAUGCUUAUAUUCCAUUUAGUGCAGGACCUAGGAAUUGUAUAGGCCAAAGAUUUGCAAUGCUGGAAUUGAAGACAGUCCUCUGUGGUCUUUUAUCAAACUUUAUUCUGCAACCUGUGGAUACUCCUGAAAGUGUGGUUCUGGUCGAAGAUAUAGUUUUGAGAACCAAGGACAGUAUAAAAGUCAAAUUUGUACCAAGGGAAAUGUAAUAUUUUUCUCAAAUUGUUAUUUCUUGUUUUUAAAAACAAAUGUUUAUCUUAAUAAAUUAGUCAA